AUGAGUUAUGUGCUGGUUGUCGGAAACAAGGAUGGCGAUGGUGGUGCAAGGAGGAGGGAAGCGAGGAAGCCGCCUGCAGCCCGUGCAAGCUCGAGGAAAGGUCAUAUGAAAGGCAAAGGAGGUCCUUUGAAUGCUGCUUGCACCUUCAAAGGUGUCCGUCAGCGGACCUGGGGAAGGUGGGUGUCCGAAAUCCGUGAGCCCAAACACGGAGAACGUCUCUGGUUAGGGACGUUCAACACCGCCCGGGAAGCCGCCUUGGCUUACGAUGCUGCCGCUCGCAAGCUGUAUGGUCCAAAUGCUGAACUCAACCUUCCUGAUGAGGUUGCUGCUCCACCACCUCGGCCCAUUGCGUCCAGGAGGGCUGCAGCUGUGAUGGCGGCAGCCGCAGCGAGAGCCAGGUACCAUCGUCUCCUCUUGGAGAUCAAAAUGAAGCAAGAAAUCGAGAAGCAAAAGGAAAUGGAAAUGCAAGCGUACCUGCUGCAGGUGCAGCAGGUGCAGGUGCAGCAGAUGCAGAUGGUGGUUAAUGGCGGAAUUGCGGUGGCUGUUAGCGGUUAUGAUCAUCAUGAUCUGACCAAUUAUGGAAGCAGGAGCACUGAUUACAGGAAGACUGUUGGUAUGGGUUUUGAAGACAUGAUGAAGAGUAAUCUGAAUACAAAGUUGCCGGAGUUUGAUGAUUCCCAGAUGUGGGUGGAAGCAGCUUCCACCAUGGACUACCAGAUUCAGGCAAUCGGCGAUCCCGGAAUUGCUGCACACACCUUCGAUGAUGCCAUCGGGAUCGAUCUAAAGCACCCCCUGAUGAUGUGA